UCCGGAGCGGCGGGGCGGGCGACCGUGGGUGGCGGGCCACGUCUUAGGUAACGCCGAGGCAGCCUCUCCGGUGUGGGCAUCGGAAGCCCUCCCGCUAGACCGGAGAGAGACCUUUCUUCCCUCUUCCCCUGACGAUCGCCCCAGGAUCCCCGGUCACCACUUGUGCCUUACUUUGUGUGCUGAGAGAACCGUGAAGAGAGUGGAGUAAAAAUAAUGUGGAGCGUUGAACUAAAUCAGACCCCAGAAAGGUCCUGAUGCUGAUGCGGGGCAACUUGUCUUAAACUGUCAGAGUCUCAGCGCAGUCCUCUGAAAUGGGACGUGGGGCUCCAUCUCACUGAGAUGAGAAUUGGAACAGUUCGUAUCUCUCUAAAAUGGAGUGUUGCCUUUAAGUUAAGGAACGCCCUAUUCCUCCAUAAUGAUUGGAAUGACCAAACAAUGCAGAUGUAAUCUGUCUCUAGAAAGACUGUCCCCUAGUGCUUGAAAUGCUUUUUUAGAAUAGUAGCAAAAAUGGAAAAAGAAAAAGUAAGGGAUGAUGAAACACCAGACCCAGAAAACUCUUUGGACUUUUCUGAACAGUUUAAUCAGCUCGAAUUGUUGGAAACCCAUGGACACCUGAUUCCCACUGGUACUCAGAGUCUCUGGGUAGGCGAUUCUGAUGAAGAGGAGGAGCAAGAAGAAAAACACGAAGAAUGGUAUCAAUUGCAAGAGAAAAAAAUGGAAAAAGAUCCAAGCAAAUUGCUUCUUUGGGCUGCUGAAAAAAAUCGGCUUGCUACAGUGCAGAGGCUACUUUCUGAGAAGGCCACUGAAGUGAACACUAGGGACGAAGAUGAGUACACCCCUCUUCACCGAGCAGCCUACAGUGGACACUUAGAUAUUGUUCGUGAGCUGGUGGCUCAAGGGGCAGAUGUUCAUGCAGUGACUGUGGAUGGCUGGACACCACUACACAGUGCUUGUAAGUGGAAUAACACCAGGGUGGCCUCCUUCUUACUUCAGCACGAUGCAGACAUCAAUGCCCAAACAAAAGGCCUCUUGACCCCUUUGCACCUUGCUGCUGGGAAUAGAGACAGCAGGGACACCCUGGAACUCCUCCUGAUGAAUCGCUACAUCAAACCAGGGCUGAAAAACAACUCACAAGAAACCGCUUCCGACAUUGCCAGGAGGACAAGCGUCUAUCACUACCUCUUUAAAAUCGUGGAAGACUGUACCAACUCUUCACCUCCGUCUUAAUGGCUCUAGUCAUUUUCUUAAGCUUCAAAGUACCAGUGCCUCCUAUGUAUGAGAUGUAAAAUAUCCCCAUAUACAGAGAGCAGAUGUCUCACUACAGAAAUUUUGUUGGAUGAAUCACAGUUUUCUUUUAAGUGACCUGCCUGACCUUGGUGUCAAAGUGUAUUUGAGAGGUGUCUGGAUGCAGCUGUGGUGAAUGCUACAGAUAUUGUGAUUUUUAUCAGAGGUAAUUUUAACUGGACAUGGGUAAUAGAGAAGCUAAGGAUAUUUUUUGGUGCUGAUCCAAGAGAAAAGUAUUUUUUAAAUAUCCCAUACCCUGGGUCUUUGUUCAGUGUUCAGCAUAUUGACUUGUAUUUUUAUAAGCUAAGAUAACUCCAAAUUUUCAUCUUCAACAUACUGGUGCAGUUCCGCUGUCUUUUCUGCAUCUCCAGUUGCUUUCAUUCUAAACAAGAAACACUAACAUAUUCGUGACUUACAUCUUCGUAAGUUCAAAAAAUAGUGAAAUAUUUAGGUGUAUUGUAAGAUGUAGCCAUUCUGAGGAAAGCAGUUAGGGAGAUGUUUAAUCCUGGAAUGUUUUACACUGCCUCCCCCACCACAUUCCUCAUAAUCCUGUGGACAGUCCUACCUCACCCUGGUCAACCCAUGUGACCCUUAUUGUUAUGGCCAGUCAGUGUCACUUUGACAUGCACAAAACUGUACCUUGGUCCAAGAGAUUAAAACUGCCCUCUGAAGGGUUGACCCGUCUCUCUCUCCCUGCUGGUUUGGGCACUACUUACCUAGACUCAGUGAGUUCCAGGAAAUGUCCACCGCUACCCCUCAGCCCUCAUUUUCUACAAGCCAUGACAAAGGCAAAGGCACACAGAAUCGUAACAGUGAGGAGUGAUUAUCAUAUGGGACCAGAACAACAAGUGGCUCAGGCUUUCUUACAAAAACCAAACAAGAGACAAAAUAUGGGUAGUGACACAGCAUAACUAGAAAUAGAGUAGAAACUGACAGUGCAGAAGGCGUGAAUUCUUCUUUAACUGGCACAGAACUUCACUGGAUCUGGCACCUUUGUUCAAGUUCAAGCUGCAUUAACUUUUCUCUUCCUGGUGCCUGCAACAUAGUUUGUGAUGGACUCCCUAGCCCCUCUGUAUUCCCAAAGAGUCUUCUCACCACGAGAACUCGAGUCCAAGGGAAAGACCACGAGGGGCUCAUUGUCCGCGUCAGCUUAGACUCACCCAGGAGUUGGCCUCUAGCGUGUCUGGAAGGGAAUUAAUAGAAAGGUUUAGCUGAAGAGAGACUGCGUGUCCAAAUGUGUGUGGCACCGUCGCAUGGGCUCAAGUCCCAGAUUAAAUAAAAAGGAGAAAGCAAGCUAAGAACCAGUGUUUGUGUCUGCUUUCUCACUGGGUACAGUGACAGCUACUUCACACACACUGCUUUGCCUUCCCUACCACAGUGACUGCCUCUUACACCAUAACACUCAAGUGUUUGGUCACAGCGAGAAGAAAAACAGCUGUCCUUUCCAAUGUCAUUUUUAAAUGUCGACCUAAUUUCGUCUUUUGGGCCAACCCACA